AUGGCUCUCUACGCUAGCAUUAGCGCAAGGGCUGACACCCUAGACUCGUCGCACCUUUUGGCAAAUCUCACCUUUGACAAAACCGAUGCCAACGAUGACAAGCACACUGACAACAUCCGCAAGCUUAGGACACGGUACUGUAGGGUCCUUUUACAAGACUACCCAUCUGAUGACCAACUAUUUAAGCUAUCUAAAAUCCUCUGGGCCCAAGCUGAUGAAGAUGAGUGGGUUGAGCCAACAUCUAGGGACUUCGGUGUACUAUCAAAAUUGUAUCCUCACCUGGCUAAAGAAGUCAAAGCGUACGUCGAAACGCAUAUUUCGGGAGACUUAAUCAUGGCAACAUUCAUGACCAUAGGUGAUGAGAAGGCUCGUCAUCUGGAUGCUAAGUGCAAGAAGCAACAGAUUGAAGCAUUCAAGUUGGAGUUGGGCCAGGCAAGCCUAACCAACAAACUGCUAUCUGCAUUUUCAAGUCAGAUCCGUGUGAAAUUUUAG